AUGACCCCUACAGGAUCCUUCAGGUCUUCAACAGUGGACCUCAAGACCAAGGAGGAGAAGGACGCUGAGUUGGACCGAAGGAUUGAAGCACUGAGGAAGAAGAAUGAAGCUCUGGUCAAGCGCUAUCAAGAAAUCGAAGAGGAUAAGAAAAAGGCAGAACAGGAGGGAAUUGCCAUCACCACACCACGGAAACCCCGCGCCCAUGAGCCGGCGGAGACCGGAGACCGUAGAAGGAUGGAGAAAGAAAACUUCACAAUCACGGUGGACGUCUCCAAGUCGCCUGUGGGGGGAGACAAGCGCGUAGUAGACGACUGGAAGCCCGCCACACCCCGCGGGCGGAGGGCGUCGGAGGAAGGUGACACCACCCGAGGACCCGCCGACAACCGCAGUCCCCCAAGGAGGACUGGCUCUGGGCGUAUGGCGAGGGGCGGGACGCCCAGAGGAGGAGGUGGGAGCCGCCAGGAGAGGAGAACACGGGAACCACGUACGCCCAGAGAUGGAGAGCAGGGUGAAGCGGGGGGGCGGCGAGGAGGCAGGAGGGGAAGAGGAGGAGGGGGACCAGGAAGAGGAGGAGGAGAUGCAGAAGGGACACCAGGCGGCGUGGACAGGAAGUCCAAAGAAUGGGAGGAGAAGAGACGACAAAACAUUGAAAAAAUGAACGAGGAAAUGGAGAGAAUAGCGGAGUAUGAACGAGGACAGCGGGCUGACGGCGAUAAGCCCCUCCGCAACUUCCUGGACGACCCGCGUCGCUCCGGCCCGGCUCUCGACACUGACCGCAAGGAGGGCAGCCGCAGACAUGUCCGCAACUGGGGCGGGCUAGACUUUGAUAACGUCAAGACUGGCGGCGAUCUGGAGAAAGAGUGGACUAGUCGACGACCCGGCCCAAAAGGCUCAAUGGACAUGACCAUGUCCAUGACAGGCCGCGAGCGAGCGGAGUACUUGCGUUGGAAGAAGGAGCGCCAACAAAUCGACGAGGAGCGACUGGCACGUCAUCGCAACGCCACCGGACAGUGGAGGCGGGAGUGGGACAUGCAGAAAACCGACAACAUGUUCAAGGAGGAAGCGAAUGUGGCGGCAGAGGGCAGCACACCAGAACAGGGUGGCAGGAGAGCCCGAGGGCGUAGCUUUGGCAGCAAGCCUCGGGGCAAAGCUUCAGACGAUGGCAAGCGACCCCCCAAAGUGCCCACAUUCGGUGACUUCCUUUCCCAGGGCAGGUCCCAGGGGCUCCGUGGGGAGCGGAACAGAGGGAAGGGCAGAGGAGGGAAACCCAGCUACAGUAUGCAUGACAACCGCUGGGAAGGCGAGAAAGAAGACGAGGAGAAGGAGAAGAAAGACAAACCUAAGCGAGAAAAGAAGAACACGGUCAUACCGGAACCAGAGCAGAAGGUGGAGGAGAUGGAAGAUGAAGACCAAGUGGAAGAUGACGAGCAAGACGACGACCAGUGGGAAGACGCCAGCGAGGGGGAGGAGGAAGUGUCUGACGAAGAAUGCAAGAAAGAUGACGGGAAAGAGGAGGUCGGCGAAGACGGCUCCCCUGCCGAAAGCCCCCUUGAAAAGCGUACCCCGAGACCCAGGGUGCACAUCCCCUCACCCCAGCCGGCCUCGCAGAAUCCCCUGGAGGCGGGGAAGCCCAUCAGCCCCUUCCAGCUUCCAGAUGGACACCAACCUGUGUCAGACUGGGGGGAAGAGAUGGAGAUGCUUUCGCCAAGGAGUAGCAUGGGAGGGGAAAGCCCCCUGAAAUCCCAAAGUUCUGAGAGCAGUCCCCCACAGAAGAAAGAGCAAGAACAGACAGUCAGACGCAUUGAGCAAGACAAAGUCUCUUCAGUCACCCCGGUGGGUUCGUCACCUCCAGGAGUGACAGAAGUCCUCGCGUCAGAAGCAGACUCAGUUCCCGCAGACACGUCAAUAGAGCCGCUGCCUCAACUGGCUCCGUCCGACAUGCCUGACGUCACCGAACAUGAGCAAGAUGCGGCCAGCGCACGAGGCAAAGCUGAUAGUCCAUCACCGGCACCACCCACUGUCCUGGUGAGCGAGCCCACUGACGAAGGAAGCACAACUGAAGCAAAAAGGGGGAAAGACGACAAUGAUGAAAACAACUGUAACGCGUACGACGUAAAAACUGAUGUUGCUACCACAUCGGAGGGGUCAUCGGAACAGCCCAUCGCAGAGGACAAGCGAGGAACCACCACAGACUACGGCGCUCGAGCGUCUCCCCACUCCGCCCACACCGCGUUCUCGCACGGCUUGGAGGAAAGCGGAACCGGGGGGUUCUUCUCUCGGCUCCGGACCCGUCCCGCUUCUGAUGAUCUACACGCCAGUGGGGGAAGUGGCUCCGCUCGCAAGAUGAAAUCAGCCGACGGCGGGGCCAGCAUCACCGUGGACAAGCUGAACGCCGGCGACCCCAAGCGGAGGCCCAGCUACCCGGGGGAGCCGCGCGCCAAGCAAGCCAGCAUGUCCGCCAAGGUGUGGGUCAAAGUGGCCAUGGCCAUCGCUUAUUUCCUCUGCGUGUCCGUGGCCGCUUUCAUCCUGGUCAUCUACUACGUCUUUUUCUGGACGCCCGGCCCGCACAAUAACAGCACCGCCAGCAGCGGCGGCGUCGCGGGCUCGCACAACCGCACCGACUGCGCGUCCAAAUUCGGAUGA